AUGCAGCUGCCUGACGAAAAGCCGGGCGACUUUUCGCUUUUCAGACAGUGGAUGGAGAAUGAGCUCUUUUUCAGCCACAUUGACGAAGUGAGGAAGAGGAAGCCCUUUGAGCUGGCGCGCCUGUUCUGCUUUGCCGGUCGCAUGGGCGCCCUAAGGCUGAGAAACACUUGCAUCGACUAUCUACACAUGAAGGCCGUCGACUUGAUCUCGCAACCGACUGGCGAGGACGAAGACGAAGAAGACAGCAAGGAAUUAUUGGAGGAAUGCAUCAACUCAUGGAAGCGAGCUAUUCGCUGGGUGUUGAGCAAUCCUGGUAUCUGCCCGGACAGCUCACGUCUCUUGGAAUUCUUCACGGACUUUUUUGCCUUUUCCGUUCUACAACACGUACGCCUGCUCGAACAAAACCUUCUAUCCGACCUCCCUGCCGUCUUUCUUGAACACGUCCUCGACGCCGUCAGCGCCGCGCUGGCGCGACACGUGCCUGGAGUCCCCGCCCUCUCUCUACAUCCCGCUAUCACGAUAGAUGUUCCAACGACUACCACGACGACCACUACCAUGACGGAACAGAUUGACGGCAAGACCAUCACGGUCGUCAAGAUCGACGAUGAUGGCGAUGACAACAACACAGCGGGUGAAGCCGCAUCAGCUCAGUUGGACACCGUUGUGAAGACGGAGAGUGGCCACGAGAUCGUUACCGUAGUCAAACCGCGCCCCAAAGACAAGCUAUUUCUUCCCAUCCUCACUCAGUCCGCCGUCCUGCGCGCGUUGACCGAUGGAACUUGGCAGCGGAAAGAACCUCGAAAGAAGCGAGGCAAGAAGUCAAAAAAGAAGGAUAAUGACGAAGUGAAUGAGGGAGACAGCCCAGAAGGCAGCCAAGGGGGCAACGAUGACGCGGACCAUGAUGAUGAGCAUAACCUGCAGACUUCGACAAAGUCGUUCUUUGGAAUUACUAGCUUAUGCAAGUAUCACUACCACAGCUCCCGCAAAACCAGGAAUGACUGCACGCAGAAAUUCAGGGCGCGUGGCGCACAGGAGGUUUGGUGCGUGGUGCCGUCUCUGCGGACUUGA